AAAACAGCUGUGGCGGUCCGCUCCUCAGUAGGUGAAAGGUUGUCUGCUGAGUGUCCGCGAGCUGUGUUUUAUACUGGGGUCCUGAGACUGACCUUCCUGCACUUAAUAUAACUAUAAUCACCAUUAUGUCGCUUUUAAGAGGUGUUUUCAUCGUUUCAGCUAAGAGGACUCCGUUUGGGACGUACGGUGGCGUUCUCAAAGACCACACUGCCACAGAUUUGGCUGAACAUGCGGCUAAAGCUGCCCUCGCUGCUGGAAAAGUUGCUCCAGAGAUCGUCGAUAGUGUGAUUGUGGGAAACGUCAUGCAGAGUUCUGCAGAUGCUGCAUAUAUUGCGCGUCAUGUGGGACUGAGGUGUGGGGUGCCGAUACCGACGCCGGCACUGACGGUAAACCGUCUCUGUGGAUCAGGAUUCCAGUCCAUCAUCAACGGAGCUCACGAGAUCUGUCUUAAAGAGUCAGAGGUUGUACUGUGUGGAGGGUCAGAGAGUAUGAGCCAGGCCCCGUACGCUGCUCGCAACAUCAGAUUUGGCACCAGACUUGGGCUUGACCUGAAGCUUGAGGACACUCUGUGGGCGGGGCUCACUGACCUCCACAUAAAGACACCGAUGGGCGUCACAGCAGAGAACCUGGCAGAGAAAUAUCAGAUCAGCCGGGAGGACUGUGAUCAGUACGCCUAUCAGACUCAGCAGAGAUGGAAAGCAGCUCACGAGGCCGGAUACUACACCGCUGAGAUCGAGCCCAUCGAGGUGAAGGGCAAGAAGGGCAAAGUGCCCAUGACCCACGACGAGCACCCCCGUCCCCAGACCACGCUGGAGCAGAUGGCCAAGCUGCCGUCCGUCUUCAAAAAAGGAGGAACAGUUACUGCAGCUAAUGCUUCUGGUGUGUCGGAUGGUGCGGGAGCCGUGGUUAUAGCCAGUGAGGAUGCUCUGAAGGAGCACAAGCUCACCCCAUUGGCUAGAAUCGUGGCCUAUCACGCCUCAGGCUGUGAUCCCAGUAUAAUGGGCAUUGGUCCUGUACCUGCUAUAACUGCGGCUCUGAAGAAGGCGGGACUCUCACUGAAAGACAUGGACCUGGUGGAGGUGAAUGAAGCUUUUGCUCCUCAGUAUUUAGCGGUUGCUAAAGCUCUGGGACUGGACCCAGCGAAGAGUAACGUUAACGGAGGGGCUAUUGCUCUCGGACAUCCACUCGGAGCCUCUGGAACCAGAAUCAUCGCACACUUAGUGCAUGAGCUCAGACGCCGCGGCGGCCGGUAUGCUGUGGGCUCAGCCUGUAUCGGAGGAGGACAGGGCAUUGCCAUAAUCUUGGAAAACACGAAAUAAACAGAGCGUUAAUCAUGUAUAUGUUCAUACAGACAUCAUGUUUAGACACCAUGAUUAAAGAACACUCCACAGAACUCCGCCCACCUGCCAAUCAUCAUUAAAUCACCAUGAUCUUCAAAUAACAUGCAUAUGAAAAAAAAAACAUCUUUAAUAAUAAAUCUCUGAGAACUCUUAAUGUGUUUAUAAUGUGAAUUGUGUGACAUUAAAAACAACUUUGAACACAAAUUAAUCCUGUUAACAAAACUACAGAGUCUGGGGAUGCAUCAGCGCUUUUUUUAGUUUUAGUGCUGUAAAUCUCGUAAAGUUCUUCAGUGUGGAAUAUGGAGCUACACUAGUGUUUAUUUCCUCCUUCAAACCUCUCAGUUAAACUCAGUAACUCAUCACAUUACAAUAUUCCCAUUUAAAAGCAUCAAAAAUACCCUGAGAUUAUUUAGUACAUGGUAAAAAUAAAAAUCGGGAUCUUUUCUGCCAGAGCUAAACCACACUUCACUAUUGUUAUGGUCUCCCUCCCGAACAGUAUUUUUAUACAUAAAAAUCACAUUUAAUCACAAGUAAUCAGUAGAAAUACUCCAACAUUAACUCUAAAUUGUUCCACUGAAAGGUUUUCAUUCUUCUUCUGUAAAAAAUAAAUGCAGUUUUGAAAAUGUAAAUCCUUGUGUUCUGUUUUCCAAUAAAGAGAGCAAGUGCAGUGAAAUGUAA